GGACGCGUCUUCCGGCCACGUUUCUCUGCCCGCGGAACUAAAGGGAGGAAUUCAGGAUGGCACCUGUCGCCAGGAGUGAGGCCCCACUGUGCUCCGAGCAGUUCGGCUCCGGGACGGCCCGGGGCUGCCGCGCCGCCGCCGACGGGAGCCUGCAGUGGGAGGCCUGGGGGCGGCACUGGUGGGGGUUCUCUGGGGCCUUCACAACGAAACCCGGAGGACGAGAUGGGGGCGAAAGCGUGGCUCCCGGGACGGCCGUCCCACCUCUUUCCCGGCUCCUGGCUGUCUUCCUGCCUCAGGGCUUCCCCGAUAGCGUCAGCCCGGACUAUCUGCCCUACCAGCUGUGGGAUUCCGUGCAGGCCUUUGCUUCCAGCCUCUCGGGUUCCCUGGCCACCCACGCAGUCUUGCUGGGCAUAGGGGUAGGGAACGCAAAAGCCUCUGUUUCAGCUGCCACGGCCACCUGGCUCGUGAAAGAUUCAACUGGCAUGCUGGGCCGCAUCAUCUUUGCCUGGUGGAUGGGGAGCAAAAUGGACUGUAAUGCCAAGCAGUGGAGGCUUUUUGCCGACAUCCUCAAUGAUGUAGCCAUGUUCCUGGAGAUUAUGGCUCCCAUAUUCCCCAUCUGUUUCACCAUGACCAUCUGCAUCAGCAACCUGGCCAAGUGCAUUGUGGGCGUGGCUGGUGGGGCCACUCGGGCCGCACUGACCAUGCAUCAGGCCCGGAGAAACAACAUGGCCGACGUGUCAGCCAAGGACGGCAGCCAGGGGAGCCCUCCAGCUCCCAUCCCCUCUGCCAUUUUCCAGGAGACGCUGGUAAGCCUGGUAGGGCUCCUGGUCAGCCUCCUGAUGCUUCCCCUGGUGUCAGAUUGCCCUAGCUUAAGCCUUGGCUGCUUCUUCCUCCUCACUGCCCUCCACAUCUAUGCCAACUACCGGGCAGUCCGGGCCCUUGUCAUAGAGACCUUGAACGAAGGCCGGCUCUGGCUGGUCCUGAAGCACUUCCUUCAGCGGGGAGAGGUACUUGGCCCCGCUUCAGCCAAUCGUAUGGAACCGCUGUGGACAGUGUCUUUGAGCUGCAAAAGCUGGUUGAGGGGCACCAAGAACCCUACCUCCUUCGCUGGGACCGGUCACAAAGUCCUGAGAAAGAGAGCUGCGUCAUCGUCAGGGAGACCCACCAAGUGUUGGACAAGCUAUUUCCAAAGUUCUUGAAAGGUAAUAUCCUUCUGCUUCAUGGCUCCUAGGCCUUCUCCCAGAGGCCCUGCCUACCCCCAUCCCCACCCCUUCACCUAGAGGGUGGAAGACCUGGGUUUCUCUCUGUGAUCUCAAGUCUGGACCUCAGUUUCCCUGUCUGCAGGAUGGGGAGGUUAGGAUGGUCUCUGAGGCGCUGUCAGUGUUGACAGACUAUGAAUCCCAGUUGGCAUUGGAGAAUGGUGGGUGGGGGGCGGGGUAAGGCUCACAAAUUACUGAUGAUGCUCUUUCAUUUAGCACCUACUCCAUUCUGGUCCUUUUUCAUGUGCUGCUCAGUGAAUUCUUGCUACAACCAGAUGAGGUUUUAGGCUCAUUUUAUGCCAGAGAUUACCCAGCAGAGGCAAGGGGAACCUGAGCAGUACACCUAGCCCGUGCUGCUCCUUCCCCCUCCCCAGGGUCAGCCCAGAGUCUCCUCCCCAGCAGUAUCCCUAUGCCCCCUCCCCAGGGUCAGCCCAGAGUCUCCUCUCCAGCAGUAUCCCUAUGCCCUCUCCCCAGGGUCAGCCCAGAGUCUCCUCCCCAGCAGUAUCCCUAUGCCCCCUCCCCAGGGUCAGCCCAGAGUCUCCUCUCCAGCAGUAUCCCUAUGCCCCCUCUCCAGGGUCAGCCCAGAGUCUCCUCUCCAGCAGUAUCCCUAUGCCCUCUCCCCAGGGUCAGCCCAGAGUCUCCUCCACAGCAGUAUCCCUAUGCCCCCUCCCCAGGGUCAGCCCAGAGUCUCCUCCCCAGCAGUAUCCCUAUGCCCCCUCCCCAGGGUCAGCCCAGAGUCUCCUCCCCAGCAGUAUCCCUAUGCCCUCUCCCCAGGGUCAGCCCAGAGUCUCCUCUCCAGCAGUAUCCCUAUGCCCCCUCUCCAGGGUCAGCCCAGAGUCUCCUCUCCAGCAGUAUCCCUAUGCCCUCUCCCCAGGGUCAGCCCAGAGUCUCCUCCACAGCAGUAUCCCUAUGCCCCCUCCCCAGGGUCAGCCCAGAGUCUCCUCCCCAGCAGUAUCCCUAUGCGCUAUCCCCAGGGUCAGCCCAGAGUCUCCUCCCCAGCAGUAUCCCUAUGCCCUCUCCCCAGGACUGCAGGAUGCAGGCUGGAGGACUGAGAAUCACCAGCUAGAGGUGGAUGAGUGGAGGGCCACAUGGCUCCUGUGUCCAGAAAAGAAGCUCUUGUGAGCAGCCCAGCCAGAGGCCCAGGUCCCAGGACAGGAGCCUGGAGCAAGGACACUUUGGCCACAGCAGGACCUGGGAAAGGCAGCUUUAUUUUUGCUUAGGGGCACCGAUGUGGCCAUUUGGCCAAGGAAGUGACUACCAAUCAGAUGGACUGGGCCCCAGGCAGAGACAAGGUGGAAAGAAGGGGUACCAGGGCCUUCCCCCGCACUCUCCUGCCCCAGGCCCUUCUCACCAUUGCAGGCUCCCCACCCCCACUCGCUGCAAGGCUGUGGCUCAUGGCAUCUGACACAGUUGACCUCAGGCAUAAAAGCCCCAGAGGAACGUGGCCACGGCCAUCAUGAGCAGGGCAUUGAGGUUGACGACUCGGGCCCAGCUUGGGUCCUCACUGAUGUCCUCCAGUCGCCUGGCUGCGGCAGCCAUCUCCUCCUGGGUAGGGCGUGGGGGACUGCCUGCCCCAGCCCUGCUCAUUCCACAGAACCAGAGCAGGCACUGGCGGAACAGGCCUGGUGCUGGGGACGGGGGCUCUGGGAGAAAUUGCAGCCGUACAGUUAGUCUGCUCCCCCAGCUCCCCUGCCCCAACUCCCCGGGCAGUGCCUUACCCUCCAUCUCCACCGCGUGCUCAGGGCGCCCGUUCUGUACAGGGGCUGAGGUUGGACCUUCUAGCUCCUCAGCAUCCAGGUCCUCGCGCUCCUCCUUGCUGUACCGGAGACUGAAAACCAGGCGGUGGAGCUGGGGAAGGGUGGGAGCAGGGACCAAGUGGGAGUGCUGUUCCCCCACCCCGAACCUGGAGGUCCCCCGUCCACACCGGCACUCCCUCACCUCCCUCUGUCCAGCCUGCACACCCGCCCAGGCUCACUCCAGGAUGACCUUCCAUGGCUGCCCUUUGCCCUCAGGCUAAACCCAAGCUCCUCAGCUGGGAGUUUAAAGCUCUUGGCCCUGCUCAGCCCUCUGCUUCAUCACCCUGUCUACACUCAUGAUUGUAGUACUUUAGUCUUACAGCCCUGCUAACAGUGUUCCUUCCUGUGGGUGUUCGCUCACAGGGUUCCCUCCUGCUGCCUUUCCCCUUCUCCACCUGUGGGUUCCUGCCCAUCCUUCUGGGCCCACUUCUUUUGUCCUCCCCCCAGUCAGCUCUGCCCUGGGCCACCUGCCUUGCCACAGCACAAGACCAAACCCUUUUGGGGCUUUCAGGGUAGUACUCUGUCCCUCUCCGCCACCAGUCAGGCCAAGACUCAGGGGGCCUUUAACCUCCCCUACAGUCUUCUUCAAGCCACCUCCAAAGCACCUCAAAUAAAUGUGAUUUAAAUAAAAACAUUGUACUUGCUUUGCAAA